CCCGGAUGUGGCUUCUCUUGGGAGGCGGAGUACCAUAGAGGAGGAAAAACAGCGCUAGGUGCGGGAGGCCCUGAGCUCCCCGCCGGCAGCGCGUGGUGGGGCCGGGCCGGGCCGCGCUCGGCGGGUGGCAUGGCAGCCGAGGUGAAAGUGACGGGGCAGAGCCAGGAGCAGCUCCUGUUGCUGGCCCGGUCGGCUCGCGGGGCGGCCCUGGUCAGCCUCAUCCACCAGGUGCUGGAGGCGCCCGGCAUCUACGUCUUCGGGGAGCUGCUGGAUCUGCCCAACGUCCGAGAGCUGGCUGAGAAUGAGUUCUCCUCCGUCUUCCGUCUGCUCACCCUCUUCGCAUACGGGACAUUUGCUGAUUAUUUAUCUGAAGCUGGGAACCUCCCUCCAUUGAGCGAGGCUCAGAAGAACAAGCUGAGGCACCUGUCAGUGGUCACUCUGGCUGCCAAGAUCAAGUGCAUCCCCUAUGCAGUGCUGCUGGAACAGUUGCAGCUGAAGAAUGUGCGGCAGCUGGAGGACCUAGUGAUUGAGGCCGUGUAUGCAGAUGUGCUGCGUGGGAGCCUGGACCAGCGUAAUCAGCGUCUUGAGGUUGAUUACAGUAUCGGGCGAGACAUCCGCAGGGAGGAGCUAAGCACCAUCACCCGCACAUUGCAGGAGUGGUGCCUAGGCUGUGAGGUUGUCCUGUCGGGGAUUGAGGAGCAGGUUAGCCGAGCCAACCAACAUAAAGAACAACAGCUGGGCCUAAAGCAGCAGAUAGAGAGUGAGGUGGCAAAUCUGAAGAAGACAAUUAAAGUGACGACAGCAGCAGCUGCAGCAGCCACAUCUCAGGAUCCAGAGCAGCAUCUGACAGAGCUCAGGGAGCCAGCUCCUGGCACCAACCAGCGCCAGACCAGCAAGAAAGCUUCUAAAGCCAAAGGGCUCCGGGGCAGCGCAAAGAUCUGGUCUAAAUCAAACUAGCUGGAUCUCUGAACUCCUGGGAGGGUGAGAGGGAGAAAGCAGGGUUAAAAAGCAGGUGUCCUGAGUAUGACAUUUCUCUACUCAUCCCCAGCAUCUGUCUGUCCAACUAGUUCUUCUGCACGUUCGUUCUUUCCCAUCUGCUCUGUUCCCUCUCUCCUCCAUCCCCUAGCAAUCUCUCCCGUUCCUCUGUUGCC